CGGCGGCGGCAGCGGCGGCAGAGCAGGAGAAGCGGUGCUAACAUGGCGCUCACUGCGGACUCUGCGCACUCUGUGCCCGUGUUUUCUGUCGUGUUCUCAUCACUGGCGCUUUUAUUUUAACACCUGACCUAGUUAACUUCACCACACACGUCCCCCGAAGUCAAACUCAGGCGUUUGUCCGCGGAAUAUUCCAGAUAAAGUGCCUUGUAGACUCCGGGAAUCUCGCUAACUUCUAACGUUAGCAAAGAGGCAGGAGGAGGAGAAAAGAAUUGGGAGAUACGGAGCAACAAGAGGAGGAGGACGAGUAGGAGCUGAUGCAGAUGCGAUGGCCACGGUCGAGGUAUGGGAGUAACGUGACGGCUCUGAUUCUGAUUCCGAACUAAAAAACCUCAGCUGUGCCAUGUUCCUCUGCUGAAGCCGAGGGGGCAGAACACACGGAGAAUGGACGAGUCAGUCUUGUUGGACUUGCUGGAGUGCCCCGUUUGUCUGGAGCGGCUAGACGCCUCGGCCAAGGUUCUUCCCUGUCAGCACACCUUCUGUCGCAGAUGCCUUCAGGGAAUCCUGGGCUCGCGGGGGGAGCUGCGCUGCCCCGAGUGCCGCACUUUGGUUGAGUGUGCCGUGGACGAACUUCCCAGCAACAUCCUCCUUGUGCGCCUGCUGGACGGCAUCAAGCAGAGGCCUCGCAGGCCUGGACCUGGACCUGGAGUCUGCACCAACGGUACGCCUGGAGCUGUGGCCAGAACUCAUGGCAGAGAGCAGGGCAACAACCGAGAGCAGACCAACCCAGGAGCACAACCACAGAGAGCCCAGGCCAAGAACUCACUCGUCAGGACGGUGCCUCAGCUGCCUUGUGCUAAAGCUCUGUACAACUACGAUGGCAAGGAACCAGGCGACCUCAAGUUCACCAAGGGUGACAUCAUCAUCCUGCGCCGGCAAGUGGACGAGAACUGGUUCCACGGCGAGAUGGGCGGAGUCCACGGCUUCUUCCCCACCAACUUUGUCCAGGUCCUCAAACCGCUGCCUCAGCCGCCGCCUCAGUGCAAAGCUCUGUACGACUUUGAGCUCAAAGACAAAGAGGCCGACAAGGACUGUCUGCCCUUCUCCAAGGACGACAUCCUGACUGUGAUCCGCAGAGUGGAUGAAAACUGGGCAGAGGGAAUGCUGGGAGAUAAAAUUGGAAUUUUCCCCAUCUCGUAUGUGGAGUUCAACUCAGCAGCUCGUCAGCUCAUCGAGUUAGACAAACCCUCAGACUCUGGUGGAGACUCUGGUGAGGGGGCCUCCUCCUCCUCCUCAUCGGGGCCCCAGAGCAAUGGCGCCCAGCGAGCAGGGGAGAAGAAGAACAGUAAGAAGCGACAUUCCUUCACCUCUCUCACCAUGUCUCACAAGCCCGUGCUAGCUCCGCCCCCUCAGCGUCACUCCAUGGAGAUCAGUGGGCCGGUCCUCAUCAGCUCCAGCAACCCGACGGCAGCCGCACGCAUCGGAGAGAUGAGCGGGGGUCUGUCCUGCAGCGCGCCUUCACAGGUACACAUUUGCACAACUGGACUAAUUGUGACCCCGCCCCCUAGUAGCCCUGUUACCACAGCAACGGUCUUCACGUUCCCCUCAGAGACGAGCUUCACAUCCAUACCAGUGGAUGCUCUCCCACCUCCCCCGCCUCCUCCCCCACAAUCCUCUGCCAGUGGAGCGGCGUACUCGUUGGCUGCCGGUCAGAGACCCUCCCCGAGCAUAAGUGACCAAAGUGGGAGACAAAGACCCACAGUAUAUGUGGCCAUGUUCCCCUACACUCCACGUAAGGAUGACGAGCUGGAGCUGAGGAAGGGAGAGAUGUUCCUGGUGUUGGAACGCUGUCAGGACGGCUGGUUCAAGGGCACGUCCAUGCACACGGGAAAGAUCGGAGUCUUCCCCGGGAACUACAUGAGUCCAGUCAGCAGGACAACGUCAGGCAGCACGCAGCCUAAAGUACCCAUGAGUCUUUGCACUCAGGCGGGCCGAGGCGUCAGCGUCGUCAGCCCGUCGUCGGCUCCCCUCGGUGCCGGUGUUUUGGGACCGGACUUGAACAAACCCGUGGCUGUGUGUUCCAGCGCCGCUCCUGCCAGCUCCCAGCCUGCCGCCGUGGUAGUGACGGCGGUUCAGACGGCCACGGGCCAGCAGCCCAAAGUGCCGCAGCACGUCAACUCCCAGAUGACUGUGAAUCAGGCUCGCAACGCGGUCAGGACAGCUGCGUGUCACAGUCAGGAUCGGACCGCGGUGGCGACACCUGUCCAGUCUGCUUCACCCGCGUCUUACGUGCCUCACCUCUCCGUGUGCUCGCAGUCCUUGUCCACCUCCGCUCAGGGUUGUGCCCGCGCCGGAGCAGCGAUGGGCUGUGCCGCCACUUCUCUGACCCCGCCCAACGUCAGCGCUGCGUCACUGGAGGGCGACGCCCCUAGACCCGCGCCUGUACUCGCCGUAUCUGUCGGGAACGGCUGUGCCGCUAACGCCGCGACCAACAGUUCAGCUUUGUCCUGCAGACUCGACAAAGACGUCAAGAGAGAAAAGAAAAGUCUUCUGAAGCUCUUGUCCUCCAACAAGAAGAAGUCUCGUUCUUCACCGCCCUCGUCUCCGACUCUUGAAGCAGAACAGGCUGCAGCUGGAGAGGUUCUUCACGACGCCUCUGUCAACUGCCUCGAGCAUGAUCCUGCUGCUGCCUCCUCCUCCUCAGCCUCAGACUCCUCCCAUCGGAAGAACAGUCCUCUGGACAUUUGUGCUCCCAUUGCUCCUCCCCCUCGCCAGCCCUGCUCCUCCCUCUCGUCUCAGCAGCACGACGCACGGCCCAUCAUCUGUGAGAGGUACAGGGUUGUGGUGUCGUAUCCUCCACAGAGCGACGCCGAGCUGGAGCUGAAGGAAGGCGACGUCGUGUUUGUUCACAGGAAGCGCGAGGACGGCUGGUUCAAAGGCACGCUGCAGAGGAACGGCAGGACCGGACUGUUCCCCGGCAGCUUUGUGGACAGCAUCUAAAAUCAAAGACAGAGUGAUGACCACAGGCCUCUGUCUGUCUGUGUGUGUGUGUGUGUGUCUGUGUCUGUGUGUUUAAAGGGACAGUUCAGCUUAUAUGAGGUACAGACUCACACAAAAGUCACUCUCACUGAAAACAUGGCUGCUCAUAGCGGAAGUAAAAAGUGGAUUUUAGAUGCUUAACAAAACCUUCAUCUCAUAAAAUCCACACUAGAUGUUAUCGAUGUCAUCACCUGAUCAAUUAUUAUUGAUAGUUGUAGCAAAAACUGUCAAACAAUUAAAGCCAAAAAGAGUGAAAACGAUACUGUGACUUGCUGAUAUUGUGAUGUAUCACAAUUUCUCCUCCACCUCCAGGGGUGCUAAUGUGUAUACAUAUUAUAAUCGAAUGAUAUCUUCUGUUUCUCACAAACCACUCACUCUCCCACACCAAAGUCCACAGAGGAAACCAGUGAUUUUAACAUCACACACACACACACACACACACACACACACACACACACACACUGCUGCCUCCAUCACUAAGUUAAAAUGUCUUAUUUUGUCAAAUUCAGCAUUUGAAAUAUUUCAUUUAGACUUAACUCAGUGACACAAAGUGACCUCACGAGGCAGCAGAGGAGCAGCAGCUCCUGUGCGGGAGAGUGAGUGGUUUCCUGUUCCAACAUAAAGUCGGGAUCGUGUUCUUCAUCAGUCUGAGUAAAACCUCGGAGUCUCAGGCUGAACUUUCCCUUUAAACAGAAGAGUAGUGAGGUCAGAACCACCAGACUGAGCCAGAACCCAGUGUGGUUCUCAUCUCCGGUGACUCAGCGGAGAACAGGAGAAUUCAGACGAGCACACGACUCAUACCAACUUUUCUUUCUUUUCUCUUUUUUGUUCGUAACAUUUCAGCUGUUGUACGUGUGCCUUGUACUGUUCCUCACUUUAUUGUACGUACGGACACAGAGAUGAUUAGUCCUAAAACAACCGAUAUGAACUCUUGAGAGAGAUGUUUAACUUAUUUCUUAUUUCAUUAUUUUCUUUCUUUUAUUUUGUAGUGAACACAUUAAGGGGUUAAACUGGCCAAUGCCUUAUGAUCACAGGUGACAUGACUGUUGUUUCACUCACCAUCAUCACCAUCAUCAUCAUCUGUGCUACAACAGCAGGAAAGACGAGAACGUCCUCGUUCCAGAGCUACAACGUCGUCCACAGAAGAUCGCAACGUCGCACAUGUGAUGACAUGGGCGACAAAUCACAGCCAACGUGGGCGUCGCCAAAUCAAAGCCGACAUGGGCGUCACCAAAUCACAGCCAACAUGGGUGUCGCACAUGGUAAUAAUCUUUCUCUGGAGCGUCUGUGAUCAAAUAUUUGACAUAAAAACUUGUUCUGUUUACAUCAACACUAAACUUCACUUUAAAGGUCCAGUGUGUCAGAAUUAGUGGGACUUUCUGUGUUUCCUCGUGAGCGAGCGUUCACACCUCGUGUGCGAGCGUUCACAACUGCCGUUUAAUUGUGAGUGAGCGUUCACACCUCGUGAGCGAGCGUUCACACCUGGCGUUUCCUCGUGAGCGAGCGUUCACACCUCGUGUGCGAGCGUUCACAACUGCUGUUUAAUUGUGAGUGAGCGUUCACACCUCGUGAGCGAGCGUUCACACCUGGCGUUUCCUCGUGAGCGAGCGUUCACACCUCGUGUGCGAGCGUUCACAACUGCCGUUUAAUUGUGAGUGAGCGUUCACACCUCGUGAGCGAGCGUUCACACCUGGCAUUUCCUCGUGAGCGAGCGUUCACACCUCGUGUGCGAGCGUUCACAACUGCCGUUUAAUCGUGAGUGAGCGUUCACACCUCGUGAGCGAGCAUUCACACCUGGCGUUUCCUCGUGAGCGAGCGUUCACACCUUGUGUGCAAUAGUUCACACCUUGUGUGCAAGAGUUCACACCUUGUGUGCAAGAGUUCACACCUGGCGUUUCACACCUCGUCUGCGAGCAUUCACACCUGGCGUUUCCUCGUGAGCGAGCAUUCACACCUGGCGUUUCCUUGUGAGCGAGCAUUCACACCUGGCGUUUCCUCGUGAGCGAGCAUUCACACUUGGCGUUUCCUUGUGAGCGAGCGUUCACACCUCGUGUUUCCUUGUGAGCGAGCAUUCACACCUGAAUCUUACAAACCUCAAACCUGUCUUUUAUUUUAGCGUAGUUUCAUAAUUUUUUUUUUCUAUGUCUAUCUGUUUUUUUUCGUUUGUGCAUUUUUGCUCGAGUAAAACUUAUUUGGACGAGAACAACUGAAGCAUGACGCGGUGAUUCAAGAAAAGUCUUAACAUUGAAUAUGAAUGAAAUCAAAUUUUUGGUGUGAACGCAUAGUACAUUUUCUACGUACGCUCCGUGUUUAAAAAGAAAUGAAAAAAAAAACAAUCAUGAAUCACUCCACAGAAAAUCACUUUGUUUUCUUAAUUUUUUUUCUGGUUAUUUUAUACAUUUCGUCUUUUGUGUUAAAUGUCGUAAAGACUUGAAUUACUGUACGAUUUUUCUUAAUGUUUAGAGCAGAACAGUUCGUAGUUUUGUUCAAAUUCACGUUUUCUUUUUUGAUCGGUACCGUAAAUGACUGACGUGAGCGUAUGAGUUGUGCCAGAUUUAGCUUUGAUGAUGAAUUUAUGAACUGAAUUGGAACCAGAUUUUUGUCUUAUUUGUGUGUUUUGUUAUUGGCGGGAAAAAUACUGUAACUGCUGGAAAACGUUAAAUGGUACGAAUCACUGUUGUUUUUACUCCGUCACGUGACACUUUUGAAAUGUAUCGCAAGUUGAAUUUGUAGAAACUUUGGUCAGAAUUAGCCGAGAAUCUGGUGAAUCUGGAGUUUGCUGAAUUUUCGAUAAAUUCACAUCCAAACUUGUGUUUUGAUUCUUCGUGUUUUCUCGCAUCAAACGUGACUCAAAAAUCACGUUUUAUGAGCAGUUUUAAGGCGUAUUCCAGCUAAGUUUGGUAUAAAAGUCUUUCUUUUUUUUCACCUGCUUUUCUCAAAAACCUCAUUAAAUCCAUUAUUAAACAAAGAAAAAGAACAAAUAAACAAGCUAACAGGUCUGUGCUCAUCUGAGAUUGUGUGGUUACCAUGGAAACCGAGGGCGGAACAGAAAUUAAAAACAUUGUGCGACAAAUGUCGAGCUGCGAAGUUUAAAUCACUGUCGGGGCCUUUUUUUUGUGUCUUAGAGCAGAAUUUACCCUGAUGUUUGUUUUCUGUUAUUUUGUUGUUGUCGUCGUCGUGGCGACCACCACGAUGACCUCAGGCUGCUCCUCCCUGUGUCUUUUCAUUUCACUGCUAAGCCUUUAAAAACACGUCAUGUGACUUAAAUGUGACGUGGACUUACUUGACUCUUUGAUUCUGUUUUGUUUGUAGUUUGUUUGUCUGUCUGGAAAAAUGGUGAAAACGAGCUGUUUGGCACAAAACAAACUAAUUAUGUGAAAAAGAUUCUGAAGUAUUUGAGGGGAAAAAAGCACAUUUUGUAAAAAAAUAAUAAUAAUAAAAAAUCUAUAACAAUAAAAGCUAAUGUUUCAAUAUUUCA